CCCAUGCAAUAUAAAUACAGAUGUGAAACAGCCACCUUCACACUUGUUCUUCAAACAGGACAGCGUCAAUUACAACACACGGACACAGACUCAAAGUAAAGACCAUGAAGGCUCUUGUGGUGUUCGCACUUGUUGUUUUUACAGGUUGCCAGGCCAACCUCUUCUAUGCUGAUGAGCCCAAGCCACAGCUGGAGCAGCUGACAGAUACUUUCUGGAGCUAUGUUGCGAAGGUCAACACACAAGCUGACGGUGUGGUCCAGAACAAAGGCUCCCAGCUCAGCAGAGAGCUUGACACCCUGAUCAGUGACACCAUGGCGGAGCUAAACUCAUACAGUGAAAAUAUUCAAACCCAGAUGACUCCAUACGCCUCAGACGCUGCUGGUCAGCUCAACAAAGAUCUCCAGCUCUUGGCUGGCAAAUUGCAAACUGACAUGAGCGACGCUAAAGAACGCACCACUCAGUACCUGCAUGAGCUGAAGACCAUGAUGGAGCAGAACGCCGAUGACGUGAAGAACCGUGUGAACACCUACACCCGCAAACUGAAGAAACGCCUGAACAAGGACACAGAGGAGAUCCGCAACACCGUGGCAACCUACCUGGGUGAGCUGCAGUCUCGUGCCUCCCAAAACGCUGAAGCCGUGAAGGACCGUUUCGAGCCCUACGUCAGCCAGGCCCAGGAUGGUGCCAGCCAGAAAUUGGGUGUCCUUAGUGAGCUGAUGAAAUCCCAGGCAAAGGAGGUCAGCGAGCAGAUGGACGUCCAGGCUGAAGCUCUGAAGGAGAAGCUGGAGAAGACCGCUGAGGACCUUCGCACAUCUCUAGAGGGCCGCAUGGAUGAGCUGACCAGCCUCCUCACCCCUUACACAGAGAAGAUCCGCGAGCAGCUGCAGAUCGUCAUGGACAAGAUCAAGGAGGCCUCAGUGGCUCUUCCCACCCAAGUUUAAGAGCUCAACACUUAUCUAGUGUUAACACCAAACAGAAACAAGAAGGGAGGUUUUGUGUUACUAAAAUGUGCUUUUUCAUUCUGUGAGAGGUUGAUAAGUGGUUAAGAACUGGUCUCUUAGCACUGUCCAUUAUUGAACGAAAGAAUACCAUGUACUCACCAUGUUUAAUUUCUUAGUAUUAAUCCAGUGUCUAAGGAUAUACUUUCAACUUUUGUUUGCAUAGUGUAGAGAAAUUAUAAGAUCAACCAACUUAUCUAAGAGUUUUUUCUAGUUAGUGGGGCCAACAUGGCACUGUUCAAAAUAAACAAUAAAAAGUGCCUUCUGUGUGCCUAGCUGAACUAAAUCAGAAUAUAUGCAAAGAUGAGCUUUGUUAGCCACAAAUCCAAAUUUAAAUCCUUGUUUACUUUACAUGUUUGUGCACUGUUAUAUUUGAAUAUUUGUUUUCAAUAAAUGUUCGUCCUACUUCA